AUGACAUCCAGACGCUCGCAAUUCGUGGAUGCCACUGGGGCUUCAGGGACUUACUUCCAAGACCCAGGAUACUUGUACCAAGUUCCUCAGACUCCACUCAGAACUAUGCAGCAGCAGCAGCAGCAGCAGCCUGUUCGUGUGUCGGAGGAUCACUACAGCCAGAUGUAUGCCGCUCCAGCACCUGCCCACGCCGCCUCCUGCUGCCGUCGACGACGUCGGGCAUCGCGCCACUCAAGGGCCUUUGAAAGUGAUGGCUCAAGUGAUAGCUAUCUUUCGUACGACGAUGUCCAAGCUGCUCAACAGGGAGGAGAUCGUCUCCCGCCGCGGAUCGCCCUGAAGCAACUUUCGGAUUUCCUUCAUGAAGCGUCCGUGUUUUACAACACGCAGCUCGUGGAGUUUGGACACGAGCACCAACGUCAAGGCCAAGACACCACCAACGAAGCGCUUCGCCAGUGGCUCUGGAACGACUGGACUAGCCGUCGCGAUAGUCCCACGCGUGAGUCGUUCAUGUCAACAAAGACAAACAUCUCACUGCUUCUCCGGCAGGUCGAAAUGGCGGUUGCGAUGCCCUGGCUGCAGAACGCGGAUCUGGAAGCACGGUUUCAGCACAGCUUCAAGGCCCUGCAGAGCAGCUGUGGCGAGGUUAUGAGAUUGGCCGGGAAGGCUAUGGGGGACUGGCAGGCGUGUCGGUUUCUGGUUGUUGAGCUGAAGAACGCAAAGAUGUAUGCGAGUCCGGAGGGGCCUGUGCAGGAACAUUUGUUCAAGGGAUGGAAGAGCGGAGAGCUGUGGUGA